GAGAUGGGUCAGAAUACAGACUCGUAGCCAGCCGGAGAGUGGACACAGAGCUCCAUGCCCAGCUCAGACUUCAGCCUGGCAGCAAUGGGUGAAGGUGCUCUGCCCCCGCCGUAUACCCCUGCCCCGCCGGUGCCCAGAGAGCCCCUGGAUUGCUGGGCCUGCGCUGUCCUGAUCACCGCCCAUAAUCUGCUGGUGGGUGCUGCCAACCUGGGCAUAUUCAUCCUGAUGUGCGGAGGUUCCCUGCUGCCCUCUGCCGCCAUGCUUCUGUACGGGUUCCUGUGCCACCCGCAGUUCCGCCGGCCCAAAGAGACCCUCUGCCCGCCUUCCCUGACUCCGACGGCCUGCGUGGCGCUGCUGGUCUUCGGAGUUGUGCUGGUGCUGCCUUUCCUGAUCCUCGGCCUGGCCGGUUACGCCCGCAUCGCCCGCUGUUUCAAGCUCAGCUCCUGCUUUCUGCCCUACAACCGGGCCAUGUACCGAGGAACGACGACCCAGGGGCACGCAGUCAAGCAGGGCCCCGCGGAGAGCAAGGCCUGGGUGUAAGACUGAGCCGGCCUCUCUCUACAAACGGAUUACUGCGCCAUCCAGAGACUCUACCCCUACACCGAGCUCCUCCGGCCACCACCACCCAAUCGCCUAUCCCUGCAGGUGACCUCUCAGCCUCUGCGGCAGAGGCUGGCCAACGAUGGCUCACCAGCCGGUAUGGAGCGGAGGCUGGCCAGGCAUACCGAGAGCCUGAGGUUCCCCACCUCUGUGCUGAAGGCCACAAACUGUCCCAUUUAUAUUUUACCCUUUGUGCAGAUGGAAUUAAAUAAAUGUCAUUUUUAUAUUCA